AGAACUGCACUUAGCGCUCGCCACCGCCCAGCCUCUCCUCGCGUCCCUCCUAUCUCCUUGCAGAACAACCGGGGCGAGAAGUGGUCCAGAGCCCGAGGGUGGAAGGAGUGCAUCUUUCUGGCUUUUCUCCUAUCUUGUUUCUUUCCCCCUCUUCUUCCCACUUCUGUGCAAGCGAGUGUGAGCCAUGGAGCGAAGAGCCUGGACUCUGCAGUGUACUGCUUUCGUUCUCUUUUGCACUUGGUGUGCACUGAACAGUGUAAAAGCGAAGAGGCAGUUUGUGAACGAAUGGGCGGCGGAGAUCCCUGGGGGACCAGAAGCAGCCUCGGCCAUAGCCGAGGAGCUGGGCUAUGAUCUUUUGGGUCAGAUUGGAUCACUUGAAAAUCAUUACUUAUUCAGACAUAAAAACCAUCCCCGAAGGUCUCGAAGGAGUGCCCUUCACAUCACUAAGAGAUUAUCCGAUGAUGACCGUGUGAUAUGGGCUGAACAACAGUAUGAAAAAAAGAGAAGUAAACGUUCCAUUCUGACAGACUCAGCACUAAAUCUCUUCAAUGAUCCCAUGUGGAAUCAGCAGUGGUACUUGCAAGAUACCAGGAUGAUUGCAUCCCUGCCCAAGCUGGAUCUCCAUGUGAUACCUGUUUGGCAAAAAGGUAUCACAGGCAAAGGAGUUGUUAUCACUGUACUGGAUGACGGCUUGGAGUGGAAUCACACAGACAUCUAUGCCAAUUACGAUCCAGAGGCUAGCUAUGAUUUUAAUGAUAACGACCAUGAUCCAUUUCCCCGAUAUGAUCCCACAAAUGAGAACAAACAUGGAACCAGAUGUGCAGGAGAAAUUGCCAUGCAAGCAAAUAAUCACAAGUGUGGGGUCGGAGUUGCAUAUAAUUCCAAAGUCGGAGGUAUAAGAAUGCUGGACGGCAUUGUGACUGAUGCUAUUGAAGCCAGUUCAAUUGGAUUCAAUCCUGGACAUGUGGAUAUUUACAGUGCAAGCUGGGGCCCUAAUGAUGAUGGGAAAACUGUGGAGGGGCCUGGCCGACUAGCCCAGAAGGCUUUUGAAUAUGGUGUUAAACAGGGGAGACAAGGAAAGGGCUCCAUUUUCGUCUGGGCUUCCGGGAAUGGGGGGCGUCAGGGAGACAACUGUGACUGUGAUGGGUACACAGACAGCAUCUACACCAUCUCCAUCAGCAGUGCCUCGCAGCAGGGCCUGUCCCCCUGGUACGCCGAGAAGUGCUCCUCCACACUGGCCACUUCGUACAGCAGCGGGGACUACACUGACCAGCGGAUUACUAGCGCCGACCUGCACAAUGACUGCACGGAGACCCACACAGGCACCUCGGCCUCGGCACCCCUGGCUGCUGGCAUCUUCGCUCUGGCCCUGGAAGCAAACCCAAAUCUCACCUGGAGAGAUAUGCAGCACUUGGUUGUCUGGACCUCUGAGUAUGACCCACUGGCUAAUAACCCUGGAUGGAAAAAGAAUGGAGCAGGCUUGAUGGUGAACAGUCGAUUUGGAUUUGGGCUGCUAAAUGCCAAAGCUCUGGUGGACUUAGCUGAUCCGAGAACCUGGAACAGUGUGCCUGAGAAGAAACAGUGUGUUGUAAAAGAUAAUGACUUUGAGCCCAGAGCCCUGAAAGCUAAUGGAGAAGUUAUCAUUGAGAUUCCAACAAGAGCUUGUGAAGGACAGGAAAAUGCUAUCAAGUCCCUGGAACAUGUACAAUUUGAAGCAACAAUUGAAUAUUCUCGAAGAGGAGACCUUCAUGUCACGCUCACCUCUGCUGCUGGAACCAACACUGUUCUGUUGGCUGAAAGAGAGCGGGAUACUUCUCCUAAUGGCUUUAAAAAUUGGGACUUCAUGUCUGUUCACACGUGGGGAGAGAAUCCAAUAGGCACCUGGACUUUGCGAAUUGCAGACAUGUCUGGGAGAAUGCAAAAUGAGGGAAGAAUUGUGAGCUGGAAGCUGAUAUUGCACGGGACCUCCUCUCAGCCAGAGCACAUGAAGCAGCCUCGUGUGUACACCUCUUACAACACCGUGCAGAAUGACAGAAGAGGGGUGGAGAAGAUGGCAGAGUCAGGGGAGGAGCAGCCCAUGGAAAAGAACCUGAAGGAAACCGCCCUGACUGCAAAAAUCGGCAGCAGCAGUGGUGUGGGAAACAGAAGGGAUGAGCUGGUAGAGGGUGCCUCCUCCCAGGCCAUGCUGCGACUCCUACAAAGUGCUUUCAGCAAAAACUCACCACUAAAGCAAUCACCAACAAAGUCUCCAAGUGCAAAGGUCAACAUCCCUUAUGAAAAUUUCUACGAAGCCCUGGAAAAGCUGAACAAACCUUCCCAGCUUAGAGACACUGAGGACAGUCUAUAUAACGACUACGUCGAUGUUUUCUAUAACACCAAACCUUAUAAGCACAGAGAUGACCGCCUGCUGCAAGCUCUGGUGGACAUUAUGAAGGAGGAAAAUUAAAAUAAGUCUGUGGUCCUGAGUUGGAAAUAUUCAUGCUUCUUCCCCUUAGAUUUUGCCUGUGCCUGAAGUAGUUGUUUUUGUCAUUGAUUCUUAUGCUUAUAUAAUAUCCUUGGUGAUACUUUUCCUUUUUCUCCCCAAACUGGCCAUUUGAAAGAGAUGAGCUCACAUAGUAAAUCCAGCUUCCUGAAUGGAUCACAGCUCUUUCAAAGCAUCUCUUCUCUGCUGACGCAAGUAAAGUGUGUGUUCUUUAUAGAGACACAGUUCACACAUGGUCCUCAAACCACAUUAGACCACCUUCUUGGACCCUCCCAUUUCAUCUCUCAAAAGAAAAGUCUUAAUCUUGGCAAUAGAUUAAUUUAAAAAGUAAUCUUCAAGGAACAAAAGUAAGGAACAUGUUCUGGUAGCUGUCCUCUGUCUUUGCCCUGUGAUUCUUUGAAUUCUGAUGCCACAGAGGCUUUGGAAAGGCUGUGAUGAAAGAGUUUACAAUCAGACCUGGACCCUACAUUUUCUAUUCCAAAGUACUACUUAUUCAGGGCAUGACCCUAUGGUCAUUUGUCGGGGAGGGGGAGCUGGGUUACUUAGCUCCAUAACCAGGCAUCAGAGUCUGCGUUACCUGGUUAGAGUGGUGUUGGAACAGCCUUUGCCUGGCGAGCCACCCGGCAGGCCGCCAUGGGCCUGACGGGGUCUGCGGCUCACCCUCUGUGCUCUGGUCUGCCUCUUUCCCCUCCUCAAGGUUCUCCUCACUUGUCUUAGCCACAAACUAUUAAUACCGAGAGAAUUAAUUUACACUACAUUCUUAGAACAAACUUACACUCGGGACUUGGCUAAUUCCUAGCCAUAAUUUUUUUUUAGCCAUAAUAACAGAAAGCCACUCAUAACACAGAGAACCAAGCUAAUUAACAGGAAACUAUUCAUAUGGGAAGAGCCAAUAGGAAGUGGUCUUUGCUUUUAAAAUCGUAUGCAUUAGCAUAGGUCUUUCAGGAUCUUUGAAACUACGUGAUCAUUCCUUGACACUAAAGGCUGCUCCCCAACCUUACAGCUGAAUAGUAUCCAAAUUCUCGUCAAAUUGCUUUCAAGUUUUGACUCAGAGGACACGAAUUGGCAGCCCACAGGCCACAUUUGUUCUUCAGGUAGAUUUUGUCUGGCAUGUAAAAUGUUUUUUAAGUGAUUAAAAAAGGGAUUAUUGAAAAUAUGUGAUUUUACAUAAAAUUGGAUUCACAGGCCCAUCUUCCCUGGUGGCAACAGUUGCUUAGAGCUAAGUAGCAGCUGCCCAACUAGACUUGAAUGCCCAGUCCCCAAUGUGCUCAGCUCCCUGCUGCUAUGGCAGCCACCUCCCUGGUGAGCACUCAACAGACAUUUUAUGUUGCCUGCUGUUGCACUAAAUGAACAUGUUCGAAGUGUAAAUGCACUUUAAAAAAUCUUCAAUUUCUUUCAGACAGGAUCUGAGUGAUAAUAAUUAUGAGAAUUUUCCAUGGCUUAACUAAUUUAUCAGCCCCCCAAAUGGUAUUUUAAUCUCCUGAAAGUACCUCUGAUACCUAGUUUGACAUGUCCAUUUAAUCUCACCAUCCCUGGUUGCCCAUUUCUUCUAAUUCAUUACUGCCAACCCACUAGCUGCCCACUCUCUCUCUGUGCUCACCAAAGCUCUAGUCACCUGCAGUGGCAUUUUCCUAGUAGAUGUGCUGUUUGCAAUUCUUCCAUGAAGACUCAACUUUAUCAGGCUACAUACCAACUAGACUAAGAAGAGAACACUAGAGUCUGUCACUUGCUUUGGUCUGAAAUGUGGUUAGUAAGAUGAAAUUUCACCCCCUAUUCUACCAUAUGAAUUUGUGCAGAAUAAGGGUUAUUCCAGAGCAAUUCCCAUGAAGCUUCCAGAAUGUCCUCCUAAAAGAACUGUAGCAUCACAUUGUUCUUGGAAGCUUCCCAUGCUGUUUGGUACGGAGUAUGAGAUAGAAUUUUGAAAAUUGCGGCACAUCAAAAAUGUUAAAGCUGAAAAGGACCAGGGAGUUAUGAGACAAUUUUUCAACUAAAAAGAAGCUAAAGCCUAGAGAGCCCAAUAAAAAAUAAUAAAUGAAAACUCAUCUUUUCCUCAUUCUUAACCUACUGCUAAUUGUCUGAAGCUUUCUUUUUCAGUAUCUUUUCCUGGUUAAAACCCCAAACAGCUCAUUGGAUGGUAGCCAAAGGUUCACUCUAGAGAAGCUUUAAUAUUUAAAUAAAGUCACGUUUGAAUGUUUCCAACCUUGGAGUAUAUUGUUCAGACAAAAAAAUAUUUUUGUCAGUCUUUCUUAGUGCCUGUGUGAAUUUUUGUGAAAAUGUAAAAGAGAAAAAUUAUAUAAUGUUUCCCUUAAAAUUUUAAACUAUAUUUUCUUUACAGGUAUUUAUAAUGUACCAAUGCUUUUAUCAAACAAUUUUAAAAGGCAUAAUAAAUUGUAUUCAAGAACCAAAAUUUUCAUGAGAAUAAGAAAGUUUCAUCCAAUAAAAUAUUUUUGAAAGGCAUGUUCUUCUGUCAGUAAAAAAAAAAAAAAAGUAUAAUAUGUAUGUAUUGUAUUAAAGUGACAUUUGUCUAAUAGCCCAAAUAUAAUGUGUAGCUGAGUUUAACAUAUGUGGUCUUAGCAUUCUUAAGGGAGCUCCCACAUUAUACAUUUGAUGUAUUAAUCAGUAUAUGUAAAAUAUGCUUAUA